UUUCAGCCGUACAGCCCCAAAACACGCUCAACACAACUAACUGAGGCAAUCUCAAGUCAGGCUUUAGUUGCAACCCAUAUCUUUUAUUAAUCUUUUUUUCUUCUUCUGAUUGUCAUCAUGUCAACAGUAACCGCGUGCCUGAUGGCACUGCUGACGGUAGGAUUCCUGGUGGUUGAACACGACGCCGCGGUGUUCCUAGGACAAGAAACUGACUUCGCCUUGACGGAUGAAGACACGAGUGGACGAGAAACUGACCACGCCUUGACGGAUGAAGACACGAGUGGGCAAGAGACUGACCGUGCUUUGAUGGAUGAAGACACGAGUGGACGAGAAACUGACCACGCCUUGACGGAUGAAGACACGAGUGUGUCAGACCAGAUAACGCAGCUGACUCGAGGUUUGCAUGCGUGUGCAAACAACGAAGACAUGGACUGCUUCUUGGAGUAUUUCGCCGACGAUGUGCGUGAGAUGUGGGAAGACCAGCCAGAUCAGAUCGGGAAGGACGCCCUCCAGUUAGACGUGAUCUAUACUACUGAGGAGGUGAUACCUACUGAUGCGGCAGCCACUCAUGUGGUCCAGCGUGCGAAUUAGAUCGACAUGAAAGACGACGAUAGAGCUACCGUCUUGGACGGGAAAUCGCAGCUUGUUUGGAAGAAAGUCGGCUCAGGUUACAACGUUUACAUUGAUAUGAACAAUGCGAAAUGCAGAUUCUGUUGAGAGCACACGAAAUAAUAUAUAGCAACUGAAUCUUUUUACGAACUGAAACAAAUAACACAUAAUUUAUGUUCUUUUUUUCCCCCUCAAAACUAUACAGUAUUCACCGAUCUGAAACUUUGAAACGGAGGGGUUUGUUGUUACGCACCCUACUUUUUUUUUUAAAGCAAUUUUGUGUCUGCAACAAAACAUUCUAAAAGCAAAAGGAACCUUUAAGCAAGUGUCGGUAUUUUAUUGAACAGCAUAAAUAGAAUAAAUUUUGCGUUAAUUCACAGUAUUAGUAUAUAUAAUGUUGUGUGGUGAAGGAUUUGAAUUUCCCAUUCAUAAAUACAUUUCAGUCGAAAAGUCAAAAAGUCAAAAAGUCAAAAAAGUUAAAUGUUCACCAAUUUCAAGUCAUGUUUUGUUAAACACCCCUUAGCUGUGUUUAAGGUAUGUACCUUGCGCCGAGUGAUUCUAAAAUAUCACCUGACUUGGAGAUUAGCGGGCACGUGGCGCGUACUGCGCGAUGUGGCGCGUACUGCGCGAUAUGGCGCAGAACGCAGCGGUGUCGGGAAAAGUGUUUAAAACCAGUCGUAUUUUGUCAACCGUUUCAAACCACCACACGACGAGCUCUCGACUAAUAGAGAUGAUUAAACUGUUUUGGGUUAUUAUGCAUAUUUUAUAAAUGUUUAUGAAAUAUACGGCUGUAAAAUACCUGGAAACAGAGAAGAAAAAAAUGCUUUAAUUGUCGUUGAACAGCAUUGAAUUAAUGUACAUUAGUCCACAUUAUGUAAAUAUUAAAUGCUGUGAGGUGAGGGUUUGGCUGUGAAUACGACUUCAUACUUUUUAUCUUUUAUUAAUGGUUGUUAAAUGCCUGGAAUUUGACUUUGGGAAUAAAAUCCUUUUAAUUGAAUUUGAACAGAACAAUUAGAAGUAAAUUCAAUAUUGGGUCCACAUAAUUUAAAUAAUGGAGCAAAGGAUUCAUGAUCGUGAGGUUGUGGGUUCGAGCCCCGCCGUGGCCA